AAGAGGCGGCGGGCGCGGGUGGCCGAGCGGAGCCGAGCAGAGCCGAGCCGGGCCGAGCCGGGCCGAGUCGGGCCGGGCCGGGCCGGGGCCCACGAUAGCAGGCACAAUGCGGGCAGCUGAGCAGGGGUCGGCGGGUCCCUGAGCCCCGUGCACCGGGCAGCGAGAGAAGCCCGGCGCAGAGCCCGCGGCCGCCCGCCAUGGCCGGGGUCAGCUACGCGGCGCCCUGGUGGGUGAGCCUCCUGCACCGGCUGCCGCACUUCGACCUGCGGUGGGAGGCCACCAGCAGCCAGUUCCGGCCCGAGGACACCGACUAUCAGCAGGCGCUGCUGCUGCUGGGGGCCGCCGCCCUGGCCUGCCUGGCCCUAGACCUCCUUUUCCUGCUCUUCUAUUCCUUCUGGCUGUGCUGCCGGCGGCGGAAGACCGAUGAACACCUGGAAGCGGACUGCUGCUGCACCGCCUGGUGCGUCAUCAUAGCCACGUUGGUCUGCAGCGCGGGCAUCGCAGUGGGAUUCUACGGCAACGGGGAGACCAGCGAUGGCGUUCAUCGAUUCACCUACUCACUCCGCCAUGCCAACCGCACAGUGGCAGGGGUCCAGGACCGCGUGUGGGACACGGCUGCGGCCCUGAACCGCACAGCGGAACCCAACCUACAGAGCCUGGAGCGGCAGCUGGCCGGGCGACAGGAGCCACUGAGGGCUGUGCAGCGGCUGCAGAGCCUGCUGGGGACACUGUUGGGCUACACUGCCGCCAUCCCCUUUUGGAGGAACCCUGGUGUAUCACUGGAGGUGCUGGCUGAACAGGUGGACCUCUAUGACUGGUACAGGUGGCUGGGGUACCUGGGCCUGCUGUUGCUUGAUGUCAUCAUCUGCCUCCUCGUGCUGGUGGGCCUCAUCCGAAGCUCUAAGGGUAUCUUGGUUGGGGUCUGCUUGCUGGGUGUCUUGGCCCUGGUCAUCAGCUGGGGUGCAUUGGGCUUGGAGCUGGCCGUGUCUGUGGGCUCCAGCGACUUCUGCGUCGACCCUGACACCUUUGUGACCAAGAUGGUGGAAGAGUACUCAGUACUGAGUGGGGACAUUUUGCAAUACUACUUGGCUUGCUCGCCCCGUGCCACCAACCCUUUCCAGCAGAAACUGUCGGGCAGCCACAAGGCUCUGGUGGAAAUGCAGGACGUCGUGGCCGAGCUGCUGAGGAGUGUCCCGAGGGAGCACCCAGCCGCCAAGGUGAGGGGCUGUGGGCAAGGGUGGCUGAUGGAAACCUGAGGGUCU